AUGCCUGCGGCCUGGGCGCUGCUGCUGCUGGGGCUGAGCGCCCGCGGGGCCUGGGGCUGCCUGCACUGCCUGCCCCCGGUGCUCGGGGCCCUGGACCAGCUGCGCCAGGCGCUCAUCCCCGGGCGCUUCACCGUCCAGGCGCUGCGGAGCCGCGCCGAGGCCCUGCUCGUGGGCAUGGAGGGGUCUUUCUUCCGCGACUACUCGCUGAACGCCUUCGUGGGGAAAGUGGAGUCAGCUGAACUGGACGAGGUCGCCUCCUUUACCGAGAACAAAAUCAGCAGGAUAAAGGCUGGUUCCCUGCAAGAUGAGCUUCUGCUGGAAGAGCUAGUGAGUUUCAGGAGGAGUGUGAUCGAGGAACUCAAGAAGGUUUUGAAAGAGUAUGAAGUAAAAGCCUGCAAUGCCGUAACUUGCCGCACACUAGAAGGAGAAGUCUUGGACUGUUUCCUUUGCCAGAAUGUCACCUCUCAGUGCAUCAAAUACGAAAAUUGCUUCGCUCUGUGGACUCAGGCCUGGCCCUUUCUCCUGGAAGUGCAGGUCCAGGACCCAGCAAUGGCCACCGGGACCCUGAUGGCCAAGGGCCAGGAACUGGUGACCUUCGAGGACGUGGCCGUGGAUUUCAGCCUGGAGGAGUGGGGCUGGCUGGGGCCUGGCCAGCGGGAGCUGUACCGGGACGUGAUGCUGGAGAACUACCGGAACCUUCUCUCACUGGAGAGCAUCUCAGUUUCACCCUUGCCGCAUGUCAGGACCCCAAGAGCCGCACGCAGCUGGUGGCUGCCGUGUGGGGCACACAGCCCAGAGCCUGAAAGUGCUGUCAGCUCUGAGUCUCUCCCUGGGGCAGGGCUUCCGGGGACCAAACCCGACGUGAUCUCCCGGCUGGAGCGAGGCGAAGAGCCAAGGACGGAGGAGAGAGGAGCGCGGCCGUCCGUCUGUGCAGACUUGGAGAUGAGCACUACAUCUUCUCAGGAGACACCUCCAAUAAAGAGCAUUUCUGAAGAGUCAGCUUCCCCAGCAGAAAAGAUGGAGGGAAUUACAAGGACUGUGCUUGGAGAGGCCAAGUUAGGAGAAUCCCAAACAUGUCACCUUUGGUUGGAGGACCGGAGAAAACAGGAGAGGCAUAUGAGGUGUUUGAUUGCUAGUCCUAAGGAAAACCCCUCUGGGGAGAGAGGCCUUGGAUAUAAUGAGCUUGCGAGAAGCCUCAGGCUGACUUCAGCCCUCAUCAGGAAGCAAAGAGUACCUGGUGGAGAGAGAAUCUGGAAAUGGAAGCCAAGAAAGAGCUUGAAACACCAAAGGACCUUCAUAGAGAAGAAACAAUUUCACUGCAUAGAAUGUGGGAAAGUCUUCAUUUACCAUUCAGACUAUAUUCUACAUCAAAGAAUUCACACUGGAGAAAAACCCUACAAAUGUAACGAUUGUGGGAAGGGGUUCAGCAACAGCUCAUAUUUCAUCCAGCACCACAUCAUUCACACUGGAGAGAAACCCUAUGCAUGCAAUGAAUGUGGCAAGACCUUCACUCAGAGCUCAUCGCUUACUGAACAUCAAAGGAUUCAUACUGGGGAGAAACCCUACAAAUGCAAGGAAUGUGGGAAAGCCUUCACCCAGAGCUCCUCCCUCAUUAAACACCAGCGAUGCCAUACUGGAGAGAAACCCUACAAAUGCAAGCAGUGUGGAAAGUUCUACUCACAGGUUUCCCACCUCACCCGCCACCAGAAAAUCCACACUGGGGAGAAGCCCUACAAAUGUGGUGAAUGUGGCAAAGCCUUCUGUCACACGUCCUCCCUGACUCAACACCAGACAAUCCACACUGGAGAGAAACCCUACAAAUGUAACGAGUGUGGGAAAACCUUCAGCCACAGUUCAUCCCUGACUCAGCAUCAGCGAGUACACACUGGAGAGAAACCCUAUGAGUGCUCAGAAUGUGGCAAAGCCUUCAGCCACAGUUCUUCCUUGACUCAGCACCAGAGGAUUCAUACUGGCGAGAAGCCCUACGAGUGUAAUGAGUGUGGGAAGGCUUAUACGCAGAUUUCCCAUCUUAUGAGGCACCAGAGCAUUCACCUGGGGGAGAAGCCCUAUAUCUGUAACGAGUGUGGCAAGGCUUUCAGUCACACCUCCUCAUUUACUCAACACCAGACAAUCCACACUGGCGAGAAGCCCUACAAGUGUAAUGAGUGUGGGAAAACUUUCAGCCAGAACUCUUCCCUUACACGCCACCAGAGAAUUCACACCGGGGAGAAACCCUAUGAGUGUAAAGUUUGUGGGAAAGCCUACACCCAGAUUUCACACCUCAUUCAACACCAGAGGAUCCACACCGGAGAGAAACCAUACGAGUGCAGCGAGUGUGGAAAAGCCUUCAGCCGGAGCACCCACCUUAUUGAGCACCAGAAGAUCCACACUGGUGAGAAGCCCUAUAAGUGUAAGGAAUGUGGGAAGAUGUUCAGUCACAACUCGUCCCUCACCCAACACCAGAGAAUUCACACCGGUAGAAACCCUAUGCCUGUGAGGAAUGUGGGAAAGCCUUCAAUCAGAGCAUCCACCUUAUCCAGCAUCAGAGAAUCCACACGGGAGAGAAGCCCUACAAGUGUAAGGACUGUGGGGGAGCCUAUACCCAGAUUUCACACCUCAUCCAGCAUCAGAAAGUUCACAUGGGUGGCAGACACUAUGCGUGUAAAGAGUAUGGGGAGGGUUUCAGCUGGGGUUCCCACCUUACUGAACAUCAGAGACAUCACACAGGACAGAAGGACUACAACUGUGAAGACUUUGAGAAAGCCUUUGCAUGGACAGCUUGCUGGACAUCUGAGAACUCAUGCUGACUAGAAAACCUGAGCGUGCAAUGAAUUGGUGUUUCUGGUGUUCAAUUCAGUUCAGCUUUCAUCAGCACUAGUGACUUCCUCCCAGAGAGGAACCCUGAAACCAUAUGUUGAGAAAGAUUUUUGUUUCCUGAAGGAAAAAAUGGCACAGAUUAUCACCAACUGGGGCAGCUUCUGAUUGUUUUGGGGGGCUUCCCCCCACCCCUCAUGUAUAUUUCCUUGAUCCUACAAUGUCCCCAGAAGGUGGUAUAGUUAGGGGGUGGCCCAAAUGGGAUGCAGCCUUAUCUGGGAUCUUUAAAAAGAACAGCUGUCUCUGAGCUUUUCCAAUUUAUUGGUCAUUCAUUAAAUUGGAGCCUGAAUAUUCAAGAGAGGAAAAAAAGAAACCCACAUGGCUAUAAAGAUUAACCCUUUAGAGUAAAACUCUCAAAUAUUUGUAGCUAAAUAUAAAUGCUAAUAGUUUAAAUUUCCUUUAAAAUUUUAAACUACAAAUUUCACAAUCUGAGGUGAGCUAAAACAUAUUUACAUAUUUACAACCAUUUUAUGUCCUAUUCUUUCUAUCUUUCCAUUUCUAGGAUUUUUACCUCACAAAGCAAAUGCCCUAUUAAACAUCAUCUGAUUUUAUAUAUAGAAGGAAGUUUUUCCUUCCCCAUAUUUUUGAAACAAAAUAUAAAAACAAUUCACUGAUGUUUUCAUAAAGAGAAAAAAAUUAGACAAAAAUAACAUGCUCAUUGUAAAGGAUAAUUUGAAAAGCAUAGAGGGCUAUGAAUGAAAAUACCAAUUCCCCAUAGUCACAACACCCAGAGAGACUCACUAUUCAUUUUCAGCGUAUUUCUCUCUGGUUUAUUUUCACUCUGCUUUCCAUAUCCAUAUUUUUGUCAGAAGUUUUGGAUCAAAAAAUGAAAGUCAUAUAACUCACCCUUUGGCCACCCUCAGAAGUCAUAUUACUUUUAUUUUUCCAUGUUCACUUCCAGAUUUCACUUUUAAACAAAUGUAAUUGUUUUUGUACUUAAAAUAACAGAAAUUUAUCAUCUCACAUUUCUGGAGGCCGAAAGUCUGAAAUUAAGGUGUUGGCAGGGACACACUUCCCGCUGAAGUCUAAGUAGGGAGACUGUUCCAUGCCCCUCUCCUGGCUUCUGGCUGUAGCUUGCCUAAACUAUGCAGUUUGGCCUCAUCGUAACUAAGACCCUGUUUCCAUGUUAGGUCAUAGUCACAUAGACUAUGGUUAGAACUUGUUAGAACAUGUCUUUCUGGGGGACACAAUUCAAUCCAAAACACCGCUAAUGAGAGGCACCUUAAGGAUAUUUAUCAAUGCACAAACGAUUUUAUUUCGUUGUAAUCGGAGUGUAGAGACGGUUUCAGCAUCUGCGUUUUGCACUCAUUUUCCUUUGCCCCCACAUACACGCCAUACUUACCAAUCCUAGGGCUAAUGAUACCUCAUUGAGUGGGUAUAGAAUAAUUUACAAAUCCACCACCCCAUCGUGGUUUUGUCCUAAGACCCUGCCUGACAACCUGUGUGCAAAGAUUAUGAAUAAUCUUAAAAUGAGCCUCUCCGUGCUUAGUCUCUCCAUCUGUUUGGGGGGUUAUUUCUCUGUUUCCCAGAUGGGAAUGAUGGGAAUCAAGCCUCUGACCACUUUCCCAAUUCUUGGAACAUGUUACCAAAUUGCUUUACAAAGGGGUUAACAUAAUCUGCUUGCCAGAAGCUUGGCUGUAUGUAAGGAUCCCAGUUUCACUACAAUUUCACCAGCACUGAGUGUGAAUCGUUUAUUAUUACUAUUUUACAGUUUCAAGCUUGCACUCUCUCAGUGCUCUCAUCGUGGGCCAGGGUCUGCUCAGAGCACCUGGCAUAUGUGAACUCCUUUCAUGCUUACAACAGCCCCGUGUGUUCAGUGCUGUGUCCUCCCAUUUUACAGACAAGGACACCAAGGCACACGGAGGUCAAGGGACCAAAGUCUCAUAGCCAUGAUGUUGUGGAGUCUGGAUCCAGACCCAGGAGUUCAGGCAGAAGAGUCCAUGCUCAGAGCCGCUGCCCACUAUAUUGGGGCUGAAUAUGUCCCAUCUAUAAUACAGUUGAUUCUUGUUAUUAGCCGUAGUUGUGGUCUGUAAAGUCACUGCAAACAUUGGAUUAGAAAAUACCGAACCAUUGCCCCUAGAGGAGAUGCCGUCCUGCAAGCUGGUGGUCACAACAUUUCAAUGACAAUCAAUAGAUAACCUUGUUUUAUGUGUUCCUAAAGGAUGCCUUAUCUUGCUUCCCCCUUAAAUUUGUACGUAGUGGUUGGUUCUUUGGUUCACCAACCUUUUCAAGACUGCCCCCACUUAACCCUGUCUAGAAAUAGUAUCAGUGCCUUCAGAACAUUUUAGAGCAGCAUAUAAACAAAGCCUCUGAGCACAAAUUUAAGCAAGUUUAGUCAUAAACCGCAUUGGGAAUCGUGGGAAGAUGGCAGAGUAGGACGCUCCAGAAGUCAGGUCCUCACCAAAAUACCUAUUGAACAGGCAGGAACUGUCUGAAUCGACUAUUUUGAAACUCCAGAGUGCAGGAGAACACCAUACACAUCCAGGGAAGAGUGGGAGGAAGAGGCUGGUAAAUUAUGGUGGUUAUAAACCCAAGAAACAGAGAUCUUGGAAUAAAUCCCAUAGUUAACAUUUUAAAAUACUAAACUGUACAGUGUGCCUUUGUCAGAAGGCCCAGUUCUUAAGCCACGUCUGCUUGAGGCCACGGAAAAUGAUCUGAAGCUGAGUCAGUCAUUGCGCUGAAGGGUAUUACCGAUUUUCUUGUCCUAUUCAUUUUACACAUGAAGGGGAUGGUGAGCAGCAAACUCGUGACUUCUUCCUAGCCUCAAAUUCGAAGACCAACUGGAAAACUACUGCUCGUCUCUUUAUUGAGUGUUAUAUAUUUGGUGUGGUUUUCUAAAAUGGCAUUGUGCCUAUUUAAAAACAGUAUUUCAUUCCCUUCUUGUUAGCAUAUAUCUGGGACUUAUCAGGUCAGUAUCUCUGUGGCUCGAGUAGCUGAACAGUACAUCCUGGAAAUUCAGGCUCAGUCACAAAGAAACUUUCAGCAAAUGACUGCUGUAUCUCUUACAGAGCACAAAGGGUCCAGAAGAGCAGGGGAGGAGAUCCCAUUACGGCCCGGCUCCCGGGGAGGCCAACUGCUCCAGCCAGGGUCGGCGGAUGGCAGCUCUGCACGCCCCACUUCUUGUAGGAGGGGAGAGACAAAUCUGUGCUGCU